AUGACUCUUUUAUCACCAUUCUCUCAGCGUAUUUUUAAAUUGUACAGAAGAGCUUUGCGAGAAAUUUCAUACAGUGCCGAAAGGGAUCUUUUCUGUGUGGAAGCCCGUAAAAUUCGAGAGGAAUUUGAGAAACACAGAGGAGAGCAAGAUACCUCAAAAAUUGAAUUCCUUUUGCAACGAGGAGAAUACUGGGUUGAAGAAUAUACUCAUCCGGAUCCAUACCAUAUUCCAGACAAGGAGGGUGGAUGUGCUUUCUUGAGAUAUCCCGAAUUAGACAAGGAGUUCUUGAAGAACCAUUCGAUGGUCACUCUCACCGGCAAAGCAUACUCCAACGAGGGAUGGUAG